GGACUUCAGGCGUGCUUAGCAACGUGGACAAUAAAUUACCGCAAAGUGGCCAGUAAUCAUCUACGAAAUAAACGUAAUUAUGCCUUAAUAGCCGAGAGAGCCUCAGUUAAGCUUCAUAACACUCUAUUGAGUCUAAUCGCAGUAAUCGAGAACAUUUUUCGACUGUUUAUUCUAGCGAAAACGAUUUGACCGUUUGGAGUCGACAACUAGUUCGACCUGUUUUCUGUCUACAAUGGAUYCAAGUUAAUUAGUUGUUUAUACAUUAAUGCUACCCUCCAUUCAAACGCCUGCAAAACGACAACGCACACCAAACUACGAGAAUUCGCGACAUCACUCCAAAAAGCUGCUUACAGACGUGGUGUUAAAGAAAGCCAGAAAUGAUGCACMCUCUCCUUUCCUACCCUAUCUCUCUKAUGGAACUUUGUCGUCUUUUACAAGUACUAAGUCCAACAAGAGUCGAUGGGACAACCAGAACAUAAAAUCCGGAAUGUCAAAGUUAAAGCAAAGAGGUGGAGGUUUUAGGGAAUACACAAGCAAAAGGUCAAUAGAUACCAGUCGUGUCAGCUGCAGCUCAUCUGGUGUCAAGACCCAUGAUCUGCAGUUAAGAUUUCAGUCAGUUAUGAAUGUCAAUAAAGGCUGGAGCAUCCAGAACCCUAAUCCCAGGCUCUUGAAACUUCAAAGUGAAAGUAGUAAACUCAAUGCUGGACUUGCACCCUUCAGUUUCAGAAAURUUGAUGAKUAUUCACUCCUCAAACGAACAUUAGCCGCUCCWCAUGUCGAAUACCUUUACCAGCACAAACAUUCSUAUUUGAUUGAAGAAAGACACAUGAAAACCACUGGAUCAACAGCUCAACUCAACGAAAGGUUUUCGAUCGCUGCAUCUACUGCGCCGGAACGACGUCCUGAUAGACUCCCAGAAAUAUCACCCCCACCUACCCAUCCUUUGCAAAAACCUGAAGUCUUAGUCUCUUCUCCGACCAAAAAAGACGAGUUGGCCUGUGUUCACAAGAAAUCAUGUGGUUGUGUCAAUGUUGGGGAGAGGGAGAAAGUACCAUCUAAAAAUAUUUACAGUCAGUGGGAGAGAAAACCCACUUGUGCGCAGCGUAAGAAAAGUCUACAGAGCAGCAGCUCAUCAAGUAUGUUCGCGAGUAAAGUUCGAGUGAAACCAGUUAUUGAAAAAUCAUCAAUCAGCCCRCCAAAAAUAUCUCAAAGAAAGAUAAAUAGAGAAAAGUCUUUGGAGAAUUUAAGAAGGAAGGCUAAGAAAGUCCUCAAACAAAGCAACAAUUCACAAGAUAGUUUAGAAAAAAGACGUCGUAGCCUGCAAAACACUGUGAUCCAGUCGUCUUCGAGUAAGAAAAUUAGAAAUACACGCGAACUUAAACCAACGUCGACGUCAAGCAUCCAAUCACUCGAAGAAAAGACYACAGAAGACAUCACCGAUAGACAAGUAACGACCAAUAGCCAAGACAUCASUACAGACAUGGAAUCUAAAAUUGAGGAAAGCAAUGAUUACAUGAAUGACGUACUUACAGUUGUCGAGACUAUAUCCACYGCKGGCACGCCUGCAAGUAUACGUCGAAUAACCACGCCUAGAAUACUUAAAAUGAAGCGUUCAGAUGAUACCACGGACAAGUUAUCAGACUUACAUAAAACCUUCAAGAGACUAGAUAGUGAUGGCGACGGUCAUUUGUCCUUCGACGAACUAAAGCAAAGUCUACCCACAGAUUUAACAAAACGACAGCUUGAUUAUCUAAAAAAGAUAUACCUUAUGGCAUGCGAGAGCACUUUCUUCGGUUUUGAAGAAUUUGCUGCCGUCAAUCAAAUGUGCGACGUCAUCGUAGAUAUCAGCCCAGCUGUUCUAGAAGCAUAUGAGUCGAUCGAUCUGAGUAAUAUCGAAGACAAACUUCAAAUGUACAUGGUAAGUCGGUCUUAUCAAAGACAUAUCAAAGACGCGGUUCAUUCACUCGGUGCACCAAAAGGGUCUUAUCAAAGACAUAUCAAAGACGCGGUUCAUUCACUCGGUGCACCAAAAGGGUCUUAUCAAAGACAUAUCAAAGACGCGGUUCAUUCACUCGGUGCACCAAAAGGGUCUUAUCAAAGACAUAUCAAAGACGCGGUUCAUUCACUCGGUGCACCAAAAGGGUCUUAUCAAAGACAUAUCAAAGACGCGGUUCAUUCACUCGGUGCACCAAAAGGGUCUUAUCAAAGACAUAUCAAAGACGCGGUUCAUUCACUCGGUGCACCAAAAGGGUCUUAUCAAAGACAUAUCAAAGACGCGGUUCAUUCACUCGGUGCACCAAAAGGGUCUUAUCAAAGACAUAUCAAAGACGCGGUUCAUUCACUCGGUGCACCAAAAGGGUCUUAUCAAAGACAUAUCAAAGACGCGGUUCAUUCACUCGGUGCACCAAAAGGGUCUUAUCAAAGACAUAUCAAAGACGCGGUUCAUUCACUCGGUGCACCAAAAGGGUCUUAUCAAAGACAUAUCAAAGACGCGGUUCAUUCACUCGGUGCACCAAAAGGGUCUUAUCAAAGACAUAUCAAAGACGCGGUUCAUUCACUCGGUGCACCAAAAGGGUCUUAUCAAAGACAUAUCAAAGACGCGGUUCAUUCACUCGGUGCACCAAAAGGGUCUUAUCAAAGACAUAUCAAAGACGCGGUUCAUUCACUCGGUGCACCAAAAGGGUCUUAUCAAAGACAUAUCAAAGACGCGGUUCAUUCACUCGGUGCACCAAAAGGGUCUUAUCAAAGACAUAUCAAAGACGCGGUUCAUUCACUCGGUGCACCAAAAGGGUCUUAUCAAAGACAUAUCAAAGACGCGGUUCAUUCACUCGGUGCACCAAAAGGGUCUUAUCAAAGACAUAUCAAAGACGCGGUUCAUUCACUCGGUGCACCAAAAGGGUCUUAUCAAAGACAUAUCAAAGACGCGGUUCAUUCACUCGGUGCACCAAAAGGGUCUUAUCAAAGACAUAUCAAAGACGCGGUUCAUUCACUCGGUGCACCAAAAGGGUCUUAUCAAAGACAUAUCAAAGACGCAGUUCAUUCACUCGGUGCACCAAAAGGGUCUUAA